CAGUAAGCGUGUGGUGUGUUUGAAUGUGUUUGUUUUGGGUCAGUUGUUGCGUUUGGAAAUAAAAUGUUGAAUUUACAGUAAAGUCAGCGGUUUGACAGUACAACAGCAUGGACAACCAGGCAGCGUCGUGUUUGUUCUUCGGUGGUUAAUCAGGACGUCUGUGAGUAUGUUUGAUCAGAUGCUUUAAGACGAUGUUGAUUCGUCUGAUAUCAUGCCACCGGUGGCAGGCCUUCAUACGAACUGGCGGUUGGGUAAGAAGAUGCUCCAGCUCUGCAAAACCCAAACCCCAGCAGGGCUCAGAUCAGACCCGUCUGAACCCCCUCAACAUCCAGAUGCUCUCCAGAAACCUGCAGGAGCAGAUAUUUCGAGGACAGAUGCAGGAAUACACAGACGAGGAUGUUGAACGCAGUAUUAAACACUUGGAGCGUCAUGGACUGUGGGGGAAAGAAACGUCUCUGUUGCCUGACGUCCAGCUCAGAUUACCUGAAAUGUAUGGAAGUAAUAUUGACGAACACUUCCGACUGCUUGCCCAAAAGCAGAGUCUGCCAUACCUUGAAGCAGCAAGCCAGCUUCAGAAAGCACAGAUUCCCAGAAUGCCCCAGGAGUGGGCUUGGGAAGUGGGCUGGACACGGUAUGGGGUGGCUGGAGAGAGGCAUAAGGUGAAUUUUCCAGAUGAGAACGCCCUGGUGUUUGAUGUGGAGGUCUGCAUGGCGGAGGGACACUGUCCUACACUGGCUGUGGCCCUUUCUCCUACUGCAUGGUACUCGUGGUGCAGUCACAGGCUGGUGGAGGACCGGUACGCCUGGUCGAGUGACCUGACCCUGGCGGAUCUCAUCCCGCUGGAGACCCUAGGAAACUCCAGUCAGCCAAGGGGCGGCGAGUGGAAGGAGCGGCUAGUGGUCGGACACAAUGUGAGCUUUGACCGGGCACACAUUAAAGAACAGUACUUACUAAAGGGCUCCAAGAUGCGUUUUCUGGAUACAAUGAGUCUCCACAUGGCGAUAUCAGGCCUGACGGGGUUUCAGCGCUCGCUCUGGAUGGCCAGCAAAUACGGCAAGAGAAAAGGCCUACAGGAAGUUAAGGAGCACAUGAAACGCCUUGGCCGCCGCCCAGAGGGACCGAAGAUUGGCUCAUGGGAAUGGGUUAAUAUCAGCAGUAUUAAUAACCUCGCUGACGUUCAUGCUCUCUAUGUGGGAGGAGAUCCUCUGAUGAAAGAAUCUAGGGAGUUGUUCGUGAAGGGCAGCAUGUCUGACAUUAGGGGAAACUUUCAGGAGCUGAUGCAGUACUGUUCUCUUGAUGUUUUGGCCACUCACGAGGUCUUCACUCAACAGCUGCCUCUCUUUAUGGAGCGGUGUCCUCAUCCAGUGACUCUUGCAGGUAUGCUGGAAAUGGGCGUGUGCUACCUUCCUGUCAAUCACAACUGGAGGCGGUACUUAGAAGAUGCCCAGGCCACCUAUGAAGAGCUGCAAAGAGAGAUGAAGAAAUCUCUGAUGAUUCUGGCUGAUGACGCCUGCCAGUUACUGCAGGAUGAUCGGUAUAAAGAUGACCCCUGGCUGUGGGACUUGGAUUGGGAUGUUCAGGAAUUCAAACAGAAGAAAGUGCCUGUAGGUAAGAAGAAAGCCAAAGAGGAGGCUGAAGCAACAGAAGCUGCAAAUGGCAGUGAAGCCAUAGACUGGCCUGAGGAUCCAGGUCCUCCGUUAGAAGAAGAAGAGGGAGAUUCAGACCCCCGCAGAGAGCUUUUACAGCGGCUGAAGGAGACUGUCAGCUGCCUGCCGAAGAGGAGACAGCACUUACCUGCCCAUCCCAGCUGGUACCGUAAGCUGUGUGUGAAGAUGUCUGAGGCUGAGGACUGGUCUCCUGGAGCCAGUCUCAUCAGUCUCCAGAUGAGGAUCACACCCAAACUCAUGGGCCUCACGUGGGACGGUUUUCCCCUUCAUUACACCGACCAGCACGGAUGGGGUUAUCUGGUCCCAGGUCGAAGAGACAAUCUGGAGAUCUCAGAGGAAACUGAAGGACCUGUGUGUCCAUACAGGGCAAUUGAGCGCAUCUAUAAGGAGUACUGUGAACAGAAGGGGAAGGAACAGCCUCAGUAUCCGGACAGUCCUGUUUCUGAUGAGCUCAUGUUGACUGAUACUGCUGUUUGGCAGACGGUUGAAGAAGUGAGUCGACUGGAGACGUUUGAUGAUGAAGCACUCAGUACAGCAGCCCCAUCCAAGAGGAUCACGAAAAAAGUAAACUCCGUAGCCAAAAGCUUGAACGGCGAGUGUCCCUAUCACCAUGGAAACGGACCGUACAAUGAUGUGAACAUUUCUGGAUGCUGGUUCUUCAAACUCCCUCAUAAGGAUGGAAAUGAGAAUAAUGUGGGAAGCCCGUUCUCCAAAGACUUCCUGUCCAAAAUGGAGAGUGGGACGCUUCAGGCGGGACGAGAGGGAACGAAUGCCACACGGGCCCUGGAGAUCAACAAGAUGAUUUCCUUCUGGAGAAAUGCCCAAAAACGCAUUAGCUCUCAGAUGGUGGUGUGGCUCCGGAGAGCAGAACUGCCGCGCUCCGUCAGACUACAUCAGGAUUAUGAUGAGGAAGGACAGUAUGGGGCCAUUUUACCACAGGUCAUCCCAGCAGGAACGGUCACCCGCAGAGCUGUAGAGCCAACAUGGCUGACUGCAAGUAAUGCUCGGAAGGACCGUGUGGGCAGUGAGCUGAAGGCUAUGGUUCAGGUUCCUCCUGCUUAUCAUCUGGUUGGAGCAGACGUGGAUUCUCAGGAGCUCUGGAUUGCUGCUAUGCUGGGAGAAGCACACUUUGCUGGAAUGCACGGCUGCACAGCAUUCGGCUGGAUGACGCUGCAGGGAAAGAAGAGUCAGGGCACGGAUCUGCACAGCCGCACUGCAGAUGCUGUGGGCAUCAGUCGUGAACAUGCCAAGGUCUUUAACUAUGGGCGCAUUUAUGGAGCCGGUCAGCCGUUUGCAGAGCGACUGCUCAUGCAGUUUAACCACAGACUCAGCCAACAGGAGGCUGCCGGGAAAGCUCGGCAGAUGUACGCGCUCACCAAAGGACUGCGCAGGUAUCACCUGUCUGAGGAAGGGGAAUGGCUGCUACAGAAGUUGAAUGUGAAUGUAGAAAGAGCUGAGGAUGACUCCGUCUCACUGCAGGAUCUGCGGAAGAUUUCUAAAGUGGCAUCUCAAAGCACCACUAGAGGGAGCAAGAAAAAGUGGAAUCUGUCUGCGGGACGAGUGUGGACGGACGGGACAGAGUCACACAUGUUCAAUAAACUGGAAAGCAUCGCUCAUUCUGACAAACCAGCCACUCCAGUGCUGAACUGCAGGAUUUCCAGAGCUCUGGAGCCGUCUGCGGUUCAGGAGGAGUUCAUCACCAGCAGGGUGAACUGGGUGGUCCAGAGCUCUGCGGUGGAUUAUCUUCAUCUGAUGCUGGUCUCCAUGCGCUGGCUCUUCGAGGAGCAUGACAUCGACGGACGCUUCUGCAUCAGCAUUCAUGAUGAAGUUCGCUAUCUGGUGACCAGUGAAGACCGAUAUAGAGCUGCACUGGCCCUCCAGAUCACCAACCUGCUCACCAGGUGCAUGUUUGCGUUUAAACUGGGGAUGAUGGAUCUGCCGCAGUCGGUGGCCUUCUUCAGCGCAGUGGACAUUGAUAAGUGUUUAAGAAAAGAGGUGACGAUGGACUGCAAGACACCAUCCAGUCCUGCUGGAGUUGAGCGGAGAUACGGGUUACCACAAGGUGAGGUGCUGGACAUUUAUCAGAUUAUAGAGAUUACCAACGGCUCUUUGACUAAACUAAAACGACAAGCUCCAAGGUCAAAAUAA